AUGUCGGCAGCACUUUCGACCCCAAGACUACAGCAAGCUAGGAAUCUAGAGCGGCCGUCUCCACGUUACGACGAGAAUAAUGAGGGGGAAAUGGCCGCCGAACCUCAGUUAGCAGCUGUUCAAGGAGCCAAGUACCUAGCCGUCACAGGAACAAUCACUCCUGAGCGAUUCUUAAAGAGUAUUUCCCACUCCAAUGCGAUACUAUCCGAAGCCGACCUCGGUGGAAACUUUAGGUUUGAAAACAGGCAACCAAACCGCGCCGGGCAGUUUUCCGAUAGGCCUCAGAAGCAUGUUCAGAAUAAUCGCCUGGGAGGGCCUGUGCCAUCACCGCAGCCAACAAAAGCUUGCGCCUUGAAUGAUAUUACAACCGAGCAGCAAAUCACAGAGCCGAAGCAAAAGGAGCCAUUCGAUUUACCUGAAUUGAUCUUCUACAAUCCAAAGGAAACUAGCCGCAAUAUAAAUGGACCAGUUCCAAGCUCUACAAGUACAAUAAUCCCGAACAUCAUGUCUGACGUCUGCGAGGUCGCCCCAACAGAACCACCCACCAUUAAAGCAAAGGAUCAAUGCACCACAUCUCCUUCAUUUCCUGGUCAAGUAGCCGCGCCUCUGGGUAAGGAGAUAGAAGUUCGAAAGCCUGUUCUACCGUCAUCUCCUCAUCAAGGGAAGCCCAUAGAGUUCGAAGAUUCGACUUCUAUAAGCUCGCACCCUUCAAUUGCCCGAAAUGACAAGAGUUUACUUCGUGACAACACUGAAUUAGAUAACCACAAAGCACCAGUCAAACCACAGGUUCUCGAAGCAUCGCCAAUUCUUGACCAUUCUCAGAAAUACCAUCAUCUAGAUGUGGUGAUCUGGAGGAGCCCCGGUACCAAAGGCCAAGAUGCCACAAGAACGCACCUAGUGCUGGCUCCCGAGACGGCUCACGUCGACACAGAAGCUCUAGGAGGUAUGCUGAGAGCGCAGGCGAAAAACAAGAACGGCCACACUCAAGAACCAGCAACAUCAGUAGAAAAAGAAGCGCUGUGA